ACGCGCGUUCGGGAUCCGCAUUUGCCUCCCCUUCCUCUCCCCUUUACACGUUUCCCACUUGAUUGGUUCGAAAAUCUUACGAUUAUAUAUCAUCACAACACGAUUCAUCAUCAACUACCCCGAUCAUUCGCCUCCGUUGAUCUGUUCCUCAAAUCCUCUCUCAUUCCGCUCGCGAUCAGGUACUGCUCGCCGAGCCUAGUGACUGUACGGGUUCACUCUUCAGUGACCGGAAAAUGGUGGAGACGGCGGAGCUACAGAAUGACGAGGAGCUCUCUUUGCUGGGACCGAGCAACAAUGGUGACCAGUCCUGGCGGUUGAACUUUGACGGCUUUCAGUUAUCUUCAGAGCGCAAGGAGAAGAAGUCUCCACGUAGCCUGCACGACUGCCUUGGUGUUCUGGGCUCAGGUCCAGCUCCAGAAAAUAAUGUAGCUGAGUAUUAUCAGCAGCAGGUCGAAGUGCUUGAGGGGUUUAAUGAAAUGGAUGCCUUAGCAGAGCGUGGGUUUAUUCCUGGAAUGUCAAAGGAGGACCGAGAACACUUGGCAAGAAGCGAGACGUUUGCCAUAAGAUUAUCCAAUAUAGCAAACAUGGUCCUUUUUGCUGCUAAAGUUUUAGCAUGCAUCAAAAGUGGGUCCCUAGCCAUAAUCGCAUCCACUUUGGACUCGCUUCUUGACCUACUUUCUGGAUUCAUUCUCUGGUUCACUGCAUUUUCCAUGCAAACACGUAACCCAUAUCAGUACCCUAUAGGAAAGAAGCGGAUGCAACCUUUGGGAAUUCUUGUUUUUGCCUCUGUCAUGGCAACAUUGGGACUGCAAAUAAUUUUGGAGUCAGUGCGUGCUCUAAUAUCGGAUGAAAGUGAAUUCAAUCUGACCAUUGAGCAAGAGCGAUGGGUUGUGGGAAUAAUGCUUUCAGGGACGCUGGUGAAAUUCCUACUGAUGAUUUAUUGCCGCGCCUUCAGUAAUGAAAUUGUCAAAGCCUAUGCCCAGGAUCACUUUUUUGAUGUGAUUACUAACGUGAUUGGCCUUAUUGCUGCACUUUUGGCUAAUUAUUUUGAUGAUUGGAUAGAUCCUAUGGGUGCUAUUAUUCUUGCUUUGUACACCAUUCGCACAUGGUCGUUGACAGUGUUAGAAAAUGUGAAUUCGUUGGUUGGAAGAUCAGCUGCACCGGAGUAUUUGCAGAAGCUCACGUACCUCUGCUGGAACCAUCACGAGGCCAUAAGGCACAUUGAUACGGUCCGGGCUUACACCUUUGGGUCUCAUUACUUUGUUGAGGUUGAUAUUGUCCUGCCAGCCGACAUGCCCCUGCAAGAAGCACAUGAUAUUGGGGAAUCAUUGCAAGAAAAGCUAGAGCUUUUGCCUGAGAUUGAGCGCGCUUUUGUUCAUCUUGAUUAUGAGUACUCACAUAAACCUGAGCAUGCUCAAUCUUACUCAUAGCAGCAGAGGUGCAAGUUUUUCUGACGAGAAGCCAAACUUUUCGCGCCAUCUUUUGGAUCAUGGCAACGGUGCACCUCGAAGAGGCUCCCAGUCCCAGAUAUAAUGCAGGGUGCGUUAGGAUAUGCAAGUAGUACUCAUGGUUUUUACUUGGUAAGGCUUGGGCCCUCUGAUCGGAUCUUUGAAUAGUGAAUUGUAGAAACGGAAAUUAGGAGCUACCUCGUGCAUCGCUGGGCUAAGGGCAAAGUAUUUAAAGUCGUAGUGUAUUGCCGUUGGAAAACCUUGUCAACCUGCUAUUAUGGGAGGGUCAUGACACUGAACGGCUUUGUUACUUAAUCUUAUGUUUAUGCAGAACCAAUCCAAUGGCUACGGAAUUUGGAAAUGGUUUAAAUUCUUAUUUUGGAUGAAUCUCAAA